AUGGCCGUGGACUCGAUCAUGUCGUCCCCAUUGGGCCCACCGGCCUGCGAGAAGGAUGCCAAGGCCCUCGAGUUCAUCGAGGAGAUGACACGAAACGCCGAUGCGGUCCAGGAGAACGUCCUGGCCCAAAUCCUGGCCCGAAAUGCCGAGACCGAAUACCUUAAGGGCUUCAAUCUGGAAGGGGCCACUGACCGCGAAACUUUCAAAUCCAAAAUCCCCAUAGUCUCCUACGAGGAUCUCCAGCCCUUGAUUCAAAGGAUCGCCAACGGCGACCGGUCACCGAUUUUAUCGGCCCACCCUGUUUCCGAAUUUCUCACCAGCUCGGGGACUUCCGCCGGUGAGAGGAAGCUCAUGCCGACUAUCAAAGAAGAAUUGGACCGCCGCCAGCUGUUGUACAGCCUUCUCAUGCCUGUCAUGAACUUAUAUGUGAAAGGACUGGACAAGGGCAAGGGCCUCUACUUCCUCUUCAUCAAAUCCGAGUCCCAGACGCCCAGCGGGCUCCCGGCCCGACCCGUACUGACCAGCUACUACAAGAGCGAACACUUCCGGACCCGCCCCCACGACCCGUUUAACGUGUACACCAGCCCGAACGAGGCAAUCCUCUGCCCCGACUCCUUCCAGAGCAUGUAUACCCAGAUGUUGUGCGGGCUUUACGAACGCGAGCACGUCCUCCGGGUCGGAGCUGUCUUCGCCUCGGGCCUCCUCCGAGCCAUCCGCUUCCUCCAGCUCAAUUGGGCCCGCCUGGCCGACGACAUCCGAUCUGGAUCCCUCCACCCGGACAUCACCGACCCGCACAUCCGGGCCUACAUGGCCCGUUUCAUGAAGCCCGACCCGUGCCUUGCCGACUUCAUCACCCGCGAAUGCUCCUUCGAGAAUUGGGAGCGGAUCAUUCCCCGAAUCUGGCCCAACACCAAGUACCUCGACGUGAUCGUGACCGGGGCCAUGGCCCAAUACAUCCCGACCCUCGACUACUACAGCGGCGGCCUGCCCAAGGCUUGCACGAUGUAUGCGUCCUCCGAGUGCUACUUCGGGCUCAACCUCAACCCGAUGUGCAAGCCCUCCGAGGAAUACGAGCUCGUGAUCACGACCUACGCGGGCCUUUACCGGUACCGGGUCGGGGACAUCCUCCGGGUCACGGGCUUCCACAACUCGGCCCCGCAGUUCCGGUUUGUCCGGCGCAAGAACGUCCUACUCAGCAUAGACUCCGACAAGACGGACGAGGCCGAGCUACAGAGCGCAGUCGAGAGCGCCUCGAAGCUCCUCGGCGAGUUCGACACGGCCGUUGCCGAGUACACGAGCUACGCCGACACGAGCACGAUCCCGGGACACUACGUCGUGUACUGGGAGCUGUUGGCGAAGGACCCGAUCAACUCGCCGAGUCGGGAGGUUCUCGAUCGGUGCUGCCUCGCCAUGGAGGAGUCGCUCAACUCGGUCUACCGGCAGUGCCGGGUCGCGGAUAGCUCGAUCGGCCCGCUAGAGAUUCGGGUCGUGAGGAGUGGGACUUUCGAGGAGCUCAUGGACUACGCGAUCUCGCGCGGGGCCUCGAUCAAUCAGUAUAAGGCCCCGAGGUGUGUGAGCUACACGCCUUUCAAGGAGCUUCUCGACUCGCGGGUCGUGUCGGCCCAUUUCAGCCCGUCGUUGCCGCAUUGGACGCCGGAAAGGCGCCGGUGA